AUGACUCGUCUAUUCUUUCUGAUCGCUCUUGUCAGUACUGUACUGGCAUGUGCUCCACAGCCUACUCCUGCACCAGGAGGAGGAUCUGGAGCCGGCGGAGGAGGAGCAGCUACGACUACAGCGUCUACCUCAGGUAGACGACGAAGAGACGCGAACUCAGCAUGUGCUAGACAGACAGAAGGAUUGAAGGGUCGUAAAUGUGACAGCGACUGUUUUCACAUUGAAAAUGACAUCGAGCCAGUCGCUGUUGCAAAGGAAAAUCUGGGACCUCUUGCGGUCUCCGAAGAGGUUGAAAGACGCGAAUUAGAAGAUAUGUUCGACAGCGGUGAUGAUCGCUAUGAUGAGAAUAGGGGAAAUAAGUCCAACAAGACAGUGUAG